AAACUCUUGCAUUGUGCUAGGUACUAAGCAAAAUGGAAAUGAAUAAGAUGUGAUCCUUGGUCUUCCUUUUGCUCUACAUACUUUUCUUUUUUCUGCCUAACUGGAAACUUUUAAUCAUCCUUUCAGAGCCAUCCCAAAAGAAAAUUCUUUUAGGCUCUGACAGAACGUGUUCAUACCUCUACUAAGACACCAUGUUGCAUGUUAUUUCUUUAUGUCUUCUGCCUUCAUCAGACUAUACAUUCUAUGAGGACAGGAACCAUAUCUUUGUCUCUGUUGUUUUGUUUGGUUUUUCUAUCUUCCCAUUAUACCUCUUGAACUAGGUAUAGCAGACAUUCAGUAAAUAUUUAUUGAGUGAAUGAAUGGAUGGAUGGAUGGACGAAGAUGGCAUUUGAAUAAGGUCUUGAAGUUGGCAAAAGAAACUGGGAAACUGAGACAGGAGUGACUUCUUCAAUAGAGAUUGAGAGGCAAAUCAAAUGAUGCUGUUUGGAAAAAUUUCCUGGCAGUUGUGUGGCUUAAAGAAACUCCCAUGGUCAUGUGACUACAGAUACUUCUGGGGCUGGUUGAAUGCAGUGUUUAAUAAAGUAGAUCGUGAACGCAUCAAGGAAGUUGGCCCCGAAAGGGCGGCCUCCGAGUGGCUGCUUCGCUGUGGGGCCAUGGUACGCUAUCAUGGCCAGGAGAGGUGGCAGAAGGACUACAACAACCUCCCAACAGGCCCUCUGGACAAAUACAAGAUCCAGGCCAUCGAUGCCACUGACUCUUGUAUCAUGAACAUUGGAUUUGAUCACCUUGAGGGCCUACAGCAUGUUGAAAAAAUAAGGCUAUGCAAGUGUCAUUAUAUCGAGGAUGACUGUUUGGAGAGAAUUAGUCAACUUGAAAAUUUACAAAAAAGUUUGUUGGAAAUGGAAAUAAUUUCAUGUGGGAAUGUCACAGACAAAGGCAUCAUUGCUUUGCAAAAAUUAAGAAACCUCAGGUAUUUGUUGCUAAGUGAUCUUCCUGGAAUAAGAGAGAAAGAAAACCUUGUUAAAAUCUUUAAGGCAUUACUACCUUAUCUGGAACUAAAAUUAGACUUGAAGCAAAAUAAUAAUCAUCAAUAAGUGCCUUAUUCAAUAUAAAGUAUCAUUUAAAAUUGAUCCUAAACAGCAACGAAUAUUAUGUAAGCAUCAUUAGAACUAUAAGGAUGUCAUAUCAUGAUAUUUUAAAAGCAGAAAGUCCAUCAUGUAGAAAAUAAAUAUUCAGAUGAGAUUCAUUAAAGUUAGUAAACUGAAAUGAUGCAAACUAGGUAACAUUUUAAUUCUAAUUUACUCAUUUUAUAUAGAUAUUUAUAUAGAUAUCUCGAUGUAGAUACUGACUUAGAAUUCUUUAAAUACAUUUAAAUGUACAACACAGAUAUUCUUGAUUGUAUUUUAACAGUAAUUUAUGUUGCACUUUAAAGUUAUUGAAGCACAUUACUAUAAAUGUAUAAUUUUGAAAAACUGAAAGCUAAAUUUCAGAUUCAUUGAAGUCAAUUAUGCCAAGAAGUCAGUAGUUGUGGAGGCAUUCAUAUCGCUCUCAGGAUUUGCAUGCCUUUCUCAUAAUUCUGCAUUCCUGUGUUUUUCAUACUUACACCCUUUCUCUGAAUGAGUAGUUUCUGGCUAACUUGUCUAUUUUCUAAGCUUAGUCUGGUAUUUUAUUAUAAGUAGACAUAAAUACUUGGCUGAAUUCAAAUAGUUCCUCUGAUUGCAUUAGAAUAGAGGAACCAAUCAUGAAGACCAGCACUUACUUUUUGCUUAAAUUAAAAAAUUGCUAUAAACAGAAAACUUUAACAUGUCAAUUAGAAAUGGAUUUUUAUUUCCCCAUAUACAGUGGAUACUAUUUCCUGUGAGCUCAAGGAUAUCAUAAAGACAAAAUUCAUUUUAUAUCUAGAAAACAGUGUUAAAGAUUAUUAUUAAGUAGAUAAAAAUAUAUCUUUAUUUUUACCUGCUUAAAGUGGCCCUGAUUCAGUUAUUGUUAGUUAUAUGCCAACUUGUUUGUGGAUUUCUGUACAUUUGGUUUGAAUAUAACUUUGCAAAUAAUGUCAAAAUAAACACUUUCUAUGAUACAGAA